AGCACUGCAGAGCCACAUCAAGAGGGGGCAAAGGGGACAAAUUACUAACCCCCCUCCCACCCCACUGCUAGUGCCUGUAAUCAAGUCUGCAGCCACUGCUGCAGUGAACAAGACAUACAGAUUUCCGAAAAGGGGGCGGGGCUAAACGGCACUGUACACACAGUGCCAUGCCAGCCAGCAACAGCAUGGGAGAGAGGAGGGGAGAAGAGCAGCAUAGCCUAAACACUGUGUUCACAGAUGAACGUGUCCUCAAUGAAGAUCACAAGAUUUCCACAUGAGCUCAUGAGUCCAUACUGAAGUCACUUUGAGAUUCUGCUUGAAUGAAUGGUGAGCCCGGGCCUCACAGCCUGAUCUGUUUUCCGGCUAAUAAAGUACAACCAGAAAUGGAGGAUGACUAUGAUCAAGCCAAACCAGAAACAUCCAAGGAUGACCCUGAAGCCUUGCCAGGAAAGGAAAACAUUGACUGCUUCGGAGUUGUAAUCAUCAUUUUUUCUUUUUUGAUUGUUCUUGUAACUUUUCCUAUUUCAAUAUGGUUCUGCAUCAAGAUUGUUCAGGAAUACGAGAGAGCAGUAAUCUUUCGACUGGGGAGAGUAAGAUCUGGGGCUAAAGGACCAGGUAUUUUCUGGAUUCUCCCGUGCACCGAUGAUUUUUGUCGUCUUGAUUUGAGAACUGUUUCAUUUUCAGUCCCUCCCCAAGAAGUUCUCACCAAAGACUCUGUAACCAUCAUGGUUGACGCUGUCGUCUUCUACCGUAUUUUCAAUCCGAUUAUUACAGUAGUUAAAGUGGACAAUGCCAAUCAAGCAACCCAAAUGCUGGCUCAGACCACACUAAGAAACAUGCUGGGGACCAAGAGUCUAACGGAUAUUCUGAUAGACCGCGAGGAGAUGGCCGAGCAGAUGGGUAGAUCCUUAUAUGAUGCUACAAAGGAAUGGGGAAUUAAAGUGGAACGUGUGGAGAUAAAGGAUGUCAAGUUACCAUUAUCCCUGCAAAGAGCAAUGGCCGCUGAGGCAGAAGCUUCUCGAGAAGCCAGGGCAAAGGUGGUUGCUGCAGAGGGGGAGAUGAACGCCUCUCGGGCCCUGAAAGAAGCAGCAGUUAUCAUGUCUGAAUCUCCGGCUGCCCUCCAGCUCCGUUACCUGCAGACCCUCUCUCACAUCGCUGCAGAGCAGAAUUCCACUAUUGUAUUCCCCAUACCUGUGGAGUUCCUGUCACUGCUAUCUCCCAGAUAGGCCAGACCAAUGACAAGUUACAACACGGUUAUGCUCAUGAUACACAUAUCUACAGUACUUGCACUGUCAUUCCUUAGUCGUGUUAUGACAUGACCUGAGACUUGGAGAGAAUAAAUCUAUAUAUGAUCUAUACACUGCAACUGUGUUUUCUUAUCUCUGGCAUCUGCAACUAUGUUCUGCAUGUUCCAUCAUUUGUUGUAUAAAAUGCUGCCACCUAGUGACCA